UCCUCCCUGUCUGAAACUGUGCACAAUACUGUAGGCUAUAAAAACCCAUCAUGGUGCUGACAGAGGCGACAUUCACACUAAGACGUGGACUGGGCUUAUCAGGAGUAUCUCUGUGCAGGGAAACCACUCAACACCUGUAGCUGUACCACUUCUAACGCCUUUUAACCGCCGAAUAUAAAAAACUGGACAGUCUCUCAGACGCUCAGGCAUCACACUGCCGAUUAAUGGGACGCCACGAUAAAGAAAUGGACGUAGAGUCUCUCCAGAAGAGCGGCCACCGCCGCGGAAGGUGCCUGGACGUUUUUCUCGUCGGGUCAGUCAUUUUUCUGUUUGUGGCGGUGGCUGUUGUGACCGCCGGCGGACUCAUGCUGGUGAUGCAGCUGCACUCCAAGCAGGACGCCCCGCGUCCCUAUUUUGAGUAUCAGGCAUCACAGCAGACAGGACAAACACCAGAUUCAACAUUCAAGGCGCAGAACUUUGCCUACCUGGAAGCCUUGUCGAGCGAGCUGAGGACCUCCACCGUGAAGUUGGAUUCAAUCCCCUACGGUACAGGGACUUCUGUGGGAAGCAACUUCGAGUUUGAUUCACAGCAGCAUUCACUGACGCCCAAAGAGGCGGGGACCUACUUCAUAUACAUUGAGCUCAGCCUCACUUGUACCCACAACUGCAGCUCGGGUCAUCUCAGCGUGCAUGUUGGCGAUAAGCUCACCUGCGAGGUAGAGCUUCCAGAUAGGGUGGACUCAACACCUGUGAGCAGGAAGUGCUGGACAGUGAGCCAGCUGCAGAAGGAGAAACUGCUUACUCAGAUGACUGUACCAAAGGAACUGGAGAACUGGAAACUGGAACUGGGCAGCUCAGGGUUGGGGAUGUUCCUCGUGGGCUAGUGUGGACACUGUAGUGCUACGAGUGUCAUCAAGAUGCAGAUCUGCCUGAGACCAUUGGCUCGUCACUGAGUCAACACCAGUUUGUGUUAUCUUAAAGUCCAAGUAGGUGACAGUGGACAAGCGCCGGUGCUAUUUUCAAAGCUAUGACCAGAUUUCUUGCAAACUAAGACGGCGAAGCUUAGCAAGAUUUAAAGCUGGACUCUGAAGAGAAGUUGCAUUUAUGAUAAUGCAAAGAGCAUAUGGAAAAGAAGAGACACUCACCUCAUUCUGUAUAUAUAUAUGUAUAUGUUACUCUGUAUAUGAUAUAUUUAUUUGAUAAUAUGGAACUAUUUAUCUACCUAUAUUUAUAAUUUUUAUAGACAUUUAUUUUAAUGUAGAUAUCACUACAUUAGUGUUAUGUGCAAUACACUGCAAGUUUAUUCAGCCUUCUUUGCCUUAAAUGUGGCUUUAAAGCUCUGUUUUUCAUUUUAUAAAUGGCUGGGGGCAUAAAGUCGAGGCUUACAAAUGUGUGAUUAUAAUUCUACUCCUCCAGGACCUCAUUUAGAACUAGUGUAGUUGAAAUGGAGCAAUUUAAUCUCUUUUGGCAAAUGAUGAGUAACAAUAAUGAGCAUCACUGCACUUAAAAGUAACUUAAGAAACAAGAUCCAUCUGUAAUCAAAACAUGAAGAAAAUAUGUUAGAUAUGUGGACUCUUGAAUUGUUUUGAAAGUUAUGUAAGUCCUGUGGACAAACUACACAAUGUUGAAUGUAUUUUAUCAUACUCCAUAUUAAACAUGGAUAUGGUGAACACGGAGAUCAUUUUGGUGUGAAAAGUCGACAAUGACGAGUGUGGAAGUGAUUGCGACAAAGUUUCAAGUGGAAUAUAUGAAAAGUGUAUAGGUAAGGGAAAGUUCCCCACUGUUACAAGACCCAUACCGGGAACUGGAUGUACAUCACUUCCUGUUUAUUUACCAAACAGUGCGGUUUAGACAAAACACUAUGUGGGUUCAGCAAACAUACACAAUAACAUCUCCUGUGUGAUAUAAGCCCAAGUGAAAACAAAGUCUCUUCUGCUGAUACAGCAUGAUAUACGAGUCACAGCUUGUAAUUUCUCACCGCAGACGAAGCAGACGGCAUGCUCAAAUAUCUAAGGAAAUGCCAUCUGAAAAAUUGGUGUAUUUUGAGCAUUACUUUUGUAAUAUGUCGUGGGUGUGUGUGUAGUUUGUCUUUUAUUUAUUUAUUUUUUUUACAUUUCUGCUCUUUCUCCAUUUAUUUUUUUAAUGGUGCCUCACUCAUCAACAGUAAAUGCUGAUUCCCAAACUGAGAA